AUGCCAUCUUUGCUGCUGUGGUUCAGAAAACCGCGCGCAGAAGCGCCUACGUACUCGCUCUGCAGCCUACUGCCGCCCGAAGUCACCCUCCUUAUCCUCGCACAGGUGCACGCUCUCAACCGCUGGCAAGCUGGCGACCACUGGCUCUCAAAGUCGGGGGGCUCGCCGGACGCGUGCACGGCUGCGCUCAACCAGGCCGAGCUUCUUUCCCUUCUCCGCGUUUGCAAGGGCUGGUAUCUCGCAGGGAUUGCCACACUAUACUCCGAGCCGUUCCUGGCUUCCCCUCACGCGGUGAAGCUUUUCACGCGUACUGUCACCUCCCGUCAGGAUCUAGCGCGUCUCCUCGUGCUCACGGUUGAGUCUGACGCGGGCUCUGUGGCCACCGCCAAACUGCAGCACCUAGAGGAGCUCGCCCUCGCUGACUUCUGUGGCCUGGACCAUGUCCAGCUCCCGGCCAUGCCCGCCCUCCGGACCCUGCGCAUUUGGCGCGCAAUCUCGGACGUCUUCUUCGAACAUGCCGUGCCACCAUCUAAGGCGCUUCCCAUGCUGGAGAAAAUCGAGCUGGUAGGAAGUCGUUGCUACGUUGGCGCGCUCAUUCAGUCCAUCCAGUCGUAUUCCCGCACGCUGAAGGAGCUUACUCUGAUCGGCUUGGACGAGCUCUGCGUCGCCCGCGAGCUGGACCUCGCGGCGUUCACAGUGCUGCGUCGCCUUGUACUCGGGCCCAUCCACUUCAGUGAACCACCCUUUGGCGUGGUGAGCAUGCCUGCGUCACUGGAGGUGUUCAUUGCGCUAAGGGCGGACGCAACAUCGAGUAAUUUGGAGUGCUUCUUCCGCAGCGCCGAGGAAAUGGGGAGGUGCCUCGAAGCCCGACUGGACCUCGUAGCAAGCAGGCGCGAGGGCGCACAACUCUUGGCGAAGGUAGUCGGCCAAGCGCCGUUGAAACUCGUGUGCCUUUGUCGCGAGUGGAACAUAACGCUCGAACAGGUGAACCCAGAUGAGCCUGGUCUCUUUGGCGAGGAAAGACAUCCUACCUCUUCGUUCACACUCCCUUUCGUAUCAUCAACGCUCGAAGACUAUUACAACAUCUGA